AUGUCUGCUGGGAUCUGGGCACCCGUGCCAAAGCCAUCGUCUGGAUUAGCGCGAUAUCGUGCAUUAUCUCCUCAUGCUGGCGUCCAUGUCUCGCCCUUACAGCUCGGUGCCAUGAGCAUCGGUGACAAGUGGGAGAAAUUUGGGAUGGGCAGUAUGGACAAAACAUCCUCAUACAAGCUCCUCGACGCGUUCUACGAUGCCGGGGGAAAUUUCAUCGACACUGCUAACAACUACCAAGAUCAAAGCUCCGAAGAGAUCAUCGGAGAGUGGGCAGAGGAACGGGGGAUCCGUGACCAGCUCGUGAUAGCUACAAAGUACACGACUAAUUACCAGCACGGCAACGACGCCAUUAGACAGAAGGCACAUUAUACCGGUAACAACAUCAAGUCAAUGCACCUCAGCGUCGAGGCCAGCUUGAAGAAGCUGAGAACUUCAUACAUUGACAUCUUAUACGUGCACUGGUGGGACUGGGACACCUCCGUUGAAGAGGUCAUGAACGGUCUGCACGUGCUGGUGCAACAAGGGAAAGUGCUGUAUCUCGGUAUCUCAGACUCUCCUGCUUGGGUCGUGUCCAAAGCGAACCAAUAUGCUCGGGAUCAUGGGAAAUCACCGUUUGUGAUUUACCAAGGUGCUUGGAACGUCAUGCACCGUGACUUUGAACGGGAAAUCAUACCCAUGGCCCGCUCCGAAGGUCUUGCGCUUGCCCCUUGGAAUGUCCUUGCCGGGGGAAAACUUCGAAGCGACGAGGAAGAGGAGCGCCGCCGGCAGACGGGAGAGAAAGGUCGCAGGCUCUUGGAUCCUAAUUGGGAACGCAACGAGACGGAGAGGGCGAUGAGCUCAGCGCUGGAGAAGGUCGCAAAAGAAGUCGGUGCGAAGCACGUCACAGCUGUGGCCAUUGCAUAUCUUAUGCAGAAGACGCCCUAUGUGUUCCCGAUCAUUGGUGGGCGGAAAGUGGAGCAGUUGGAGGCUAACCUGGAGUCUUUGGCAAUUUCGCUGACACCCGAGCACGUGAAGUAUUUGGAGAGUAUCAUUCCUUUCGAACCCGGCUUCCCCUCCACAAUCAUUGGUGACGGCAAGCAAUACAAUUUUAUAAUGCAAUCUACUGCAUAUUUCGAAAAGCAACCGCAUCAGAAGGCCAUAGUUCCAGAUGUUGAUUAG